AUGACUUGGAUUAGGUUGCGUUCAACUAGUGAUAUUGUUAGGCGGAAUUCCACACAGAUCCCGCUUUACCGCUCGCAGUCAGGUGCUGUCACGGCCGAGAAGCCCAUCCCAUGCAAGAUUGGCCAAAAGGUCGGGACGCUUGCCGGUCCGGCAUCAAGACGAGAUCUGAUUGGUCGAAAGUCUUGA